AAGAAGAGGAAAAAAAAUAUUCGUAGAUUUAAUUUCAUGUAUUAAGGGAUGCAAUUAUCGACGUUAGUGGGGAAGUAUCGAUGAAUAGUUAUGAUUUCUGUCAAUAUGACAACUGACAACUGAUAAGUAAUGACAGGUCUGAUGAAAAGUUGCUAAACUGAAACUUGUCUGAAAAUCAAACUGAACCUGCUAUAUAAAAAUACCUGUAAUCGAUACCUAAUUAUUUACUAAUUAAUUAAAAUUAUGUUGACAAUGAGAUGAGACGGAAAAAUGAUUUCUUAUGUUGCAAAAGUGAUAAACUUGAUUGCCAUAACAAUACAAAAAGUAUUUCUCAUUGCUUCAUUUACAGGAAAAGUUAUUGUAGCCGUUGGUACGACCAUCUCCUCGCUGCUAGUUGAAGUUAUCAGUAAUAUAUACUUAUUUAUUCAAAUCACUUAUGAAGACAAUGUUUCGAUUUUUACUGAAGACAUACCCAAUUUUGUGGAUAAUGUUAUUUACACAUUUGGUGAUCAAGUGACAUAUAUUCAGAGAGCGUUGGUGUUUAUUUUGGAAACAUUUAGUCACAGAUUUAAUUUAAUCGUUGAUACUGUUAAGAGUUCAGUUAUAGCAGUGUUUGUUGUUGUUGGUGAAAUAAUAUUUUUGUUAAAGAAUGGAAUAAUAUUAUUAGGUGACACUUUAUGGCUUAUUAUAACAUUUAUACCAGUGCACCUUCCACAGCUGCUCAAGGCAGGGUUCAUGAGCCUGAAUGACAUUAUAGUGGGCUAUGUUGUUGAUGCAUACAUGAGCUUGUUGAAGAUUACAAAUUUCCUGACAGAUGUGCCUUUGGAAUCUUUUAUAGGAAUUAUUAGUGCUAUCAUCAUUGUCCGCUUAUCCAUUCAUUUUAGAGAAACAAUCCAAAUUGAAAUUACAGAGUUCUAUUGGUCUUUUAUAAGAAAAUUCAUGUAUAUAUAUUAUACACUUUACAACUACUUUACUGACCCAGAAGUAAGAGUAAUAACACACAUGGCAAGUGGUCAAGAUGUUACUUCAAGGGAAGCCAGUUUUAGUGAAAAUGAUGUGGAUGAUGCUAAUAACCCUGCAGAAGCCCUCUGUGUUAUAUGCCAGGAAAGGCAAAAAUGUGUCUUAACAUUGCCAUGCCGUCAUGUGUGUUUGUGCACAGAAUGCUGCAGACGCUUAUAUGGUUAUCAACGUACUUGUCCAGUUUGCCGGACAUUUAUUUAUCACUCUGUGAAUGUAUAUUUGUGACGGACUGUAUUAAUAUUAUGCGAUUGAACAUAUUACAUUCCUGUUAAUGAAAGAAUGGAGUGUUAUUGAACAUUGAAAUUAGCAAUAAACAAAA